AUGGUAGAGGAGAGAAUCUUGUCCCUACUCGAGAUGGCAGUCUUCAGCUCUGUGCGGUGGAAUUGUUCCCGUCACUGUCCUCCUCAGUUUGGCUCUUGUCCUCCAACGGAUCCCGUCCUCGGGCAGUGCGUGUGCAAGCCCAACAGGAUCGGCAUCGACUGCUCGACUCACCUCCUGACGGACCAUCUUUUUCUACCUCCCUAUCGACAUCCGCAGGACACAUCAGCAUGGGACCACCAGGAGCUCGAGGGAGCUCUGAGGGAGGUCGCAGCCUCUCAGGGCUCGGGAUCCUGCGCUGCUCCUGCUGCUCUGGUCACGGGGUACCAUCCAGGAGGGCUGACGGCAUCCCUGAGUCUGAUCGCCUCGAUGCUGUCCUUGUCCUUCGCUCUCAACAAGAAGACGCUCCUGUGGAGGAAAGCCGAGGUGGAAGAGAGUGACAACACGCGCAGUGUCCAGCCCUUCGCCUGGGUCCCUCCCAAGUAUCAGACCAAGGAGCUUGCGCAGGAGCUCGACAUCGACGGGUUGAUGAAGCGCCUGGGCCUGUUGGAUGGACCUUUCUUCGGGGUGCAUGUCCGGCUGGGGGACUCGUGUGUCAAGUGGAAGGAGUUGUUCAACGGAGACUGCCUGUCUCCAUACGAGCUCAUCUCGCACACCAAGUCAGCUUCGCUCCUCUUCCUCACUCGUCUCUCUCACUCGCCUCAGGUGGACGGAGAAUCGGCUGAGGAAAGGAGAGCUUCCUCGCAGCCUGCUGCUUCGCUCUACCUUGACCGACUUGAUCCGGCACUCCGACGCUUUCUGAGUCAGGAAGCCCGGCUACCGAGAUCAACUUUCAACUAUGGGUCGGACUCUGACUAG